AUGUGGUGCCAUGAGGGACAGGAGAUAGAACAAGAACUCUUGGGCUCUGUUUACAAAGGAGAUUAAAAUUUCUGGGAAUUAAGUCCCGUUUCAUUUCAAUAUAGGAUAAGAGAAAAUGGGAAUCAAAAAGCCUUCUUAAUAGAGAUGUUCUGGACAGAAACAUAUCCCCAAACAGUUCUGAUUAUAUCUAUGAAUGCAUUUUUUAACAGUACCAUAUCAUUAGCUAUAAAGCAGGGUAUAUUAGCCAUGUUAUAAGAAGCAAUUGAAGUUAAUCUUGGAACGUCUAUGACCUAUACAUUAUUUGAAUAUGCCAAGGAACAUGAGAAACAGUUCAUGGAGAAUCACCAUCCCAUUCAUUCUACGACAUCCAUGAACAAUAUCAUCUCAGUUGAAACUCCUAAUUCCACCCCACCAUGUAAGAAAAAAGACAAUAAAGAACAACUUUCAACAGCCCAGAAAUGUAAAUUGACAGAUAAAACAGGUAACAAAGGGAAAGUUCCUCAAGGAUGGAACUGGGUUGGUGUGGUUAAAGAUGAUGACAAAACUUGGACUCUAAGACAAAGAGAAAGCAUCUCAUAA